ACCCGCCUUCCCAGGAUGCAACAGGAGGUGGAGCCCCUGUGCUCCUCCGCCAUGGGCAACCCCGGCAUGCACAGGGACGCAGGAGCGCUCCUUGUGGACCGAGAGAACCCAGAGGAGACGCAGGCGCGGAGCCUGGGCAGACCUGUCAAAUCCUCGAAACAGUAUCUGCGUCAGGUCAUUGCAGAAUACGAGGCGCUGGACCGAGAGCUCCCAUGUAUCCGCAAGUUCCCCAUGCCACCUGCCGCUCAGCCGCUCUGUCUGUGCAUGGAGACCUUGCCUGAAGAGGACCUUACCCACGUGGAGGUGCUGGAGGCCCUGGAAGCCGAGUUCCCCGGGGCCAUGGAGAGUGGGCGCGUGAGCAGCAUCCGCUUUGAGAACAUGAACGUCAUCUGUGGGACUGCUGGGCGCCGGGACCGGUGGCUCAUCAUGGUCACGGACUUCCAGACUCGCUCGCGCCUGCUGCGCUCGGGGCUUCGACUCCGCGGGAACCUGCACCCUCUCGUGCGCCACGACGAACUGCUGCUGAGCGAUUACCGCCUGCACCUGCGCCGCGCCCUGGUCCGACGGCGCAUGCUCGAGGCUCUGGGGGCGGAGCCGACCGAAGAAGACUGACAUUUGGGGGGCGGGCCCCGGCUGCGCCUGCGCACCGCCCAGCUGGCUCGGGAUACCCACCCGGAACCUCAGA